AUGGAUAUAAACCAAGCACUUCAACUUAUCACAAAAAAAAUCACAUCACACGAAAUUUUAAUGAAGGAAGUUAUAAUGGAACUAACACAUACAACAACACAAUUAGAUGCAGUCAAUUAUCUUGCAAGGCCAAUGGUUCGUGAGCCAGUCAAAAAGAUAUUAAUGGAACAAUUUAAUCUUAAUGAAGAAAUCGUCACCCAAUAUUCAACACAAUUCAAACAAAUUAUUCCCGAACAAGCAAUUAAUUUCGAAGACGUUGCACAAUUUGAGUCAUAUAUAAUUGUUAUGAUAAAUAAUAAAAACGAUAGAUACUUAGAGAAACUCGUUGAGUUAGUAGACUUGUCAUCCUUUAGAUAUACUGACGUGUUAAAGAAAUAUUGUUAUGACAAAAUAUUAAUGAAGCAAAAUAAAGAGCUUAGUAAUAAGAAUGAUAAGUUACUAGCUAAAAUUGCUGUUUUCGAAUCAAUGUUAAAACAAGCUAAUUCUGAAAUUAAAUCUCUUGAAACAGAAAACAACUCACUUAAAUCUUCUAUUCAAAAUUUAGAAAAUAAAGUCAGUGAUUUAUCAAGAACUUCUACUUCCGUAAAGAAAGUUAGCACAGAAGAGCCAAAAAUAGGUUAUAGUGGAAGUAAAACACCUCAAAGUACUGUUAAUGGUUUGGAUGUUUUUAGUGCAUUUUUUAACAAACCUAUACCACAAAAACUUUCUACCAAAAGUAGUAGUAGUUCUAGUGAUGAAGAAACUGACCAAAUGACUUAUUCAGGAAGAGCUGUUUCUUUAGGACCUUCGUUUGGUAGUUUACCUAUUGAAGAUACAAUAAAAAUGAAAAUUGAUGAUAUUAUAGAACUGGUUAUGAAUAAUUUAGUUCAAUUAGCUGGAUGUAGUCAAGGUGCAAUGGUUAUGGCAGUUAAAAAAAGUAAGACAUUAACUGAUGUGUUUAACGCAACUAAAGGAUGUCAAAAAUUCAUGAUAUUAUAUCAACUAAAUAGUGGUGAAUUAUUUGGUACUUAUCAUUCAGUUCAUCCAACUACUCUUGGUGUUGCAGUUCAAGAUAAACAUAUGUUUGCUUUUACACUAUCAAAUCCAUUCAAUGUUCCAACACAAAAAUAUAAUUGGUUAAGACCUCAUGAAGAUGCAUUUAAAAUAAGUGAAACGGAAGUAUUCAUUGGAGGAUUAGGUGUAUUUACUGAUAAGCGAAAUGGUUAUAUUUAUGAUGAAAAUGACCCAGUUGAUUUGUAUUAUUCAGAUAUGCCAAUUCAGGGAAGAAAAAUAUUUUCUACUCGUUUGGCUCCAAAGAAAUUUACUUGGAAAGAAAUGGUUGUUGUAAAAUUAGUAUAA